CAUCUGCGCUGAUAAAAAGUUUUUAGACAGUCACAGAGUGAGGUCGCGCUUGCAAUUCUCCAGCACGGUGUUUUAUUCUGGUGAAGACUGUCGAUCUGUUCCGGUGCGCUACGAGGAAUAGACCCUGCUACCACGCAAGAACAACAUAACAUAUUUCGGAUGGAUCCGGCCAACACGACCACUGGCGGCCACUGGCUGCACAAUGUGAACGGUUUGGGCAACAUGUACAGCUUCCUCGUGUACGAUCUGGCCGACCACAGGACGAUGGACCUGCCGCUGCUGCACAAUCCUGUCUGGAUAGCGUCCUGUUUAUCGCUUUACCUGCUUCUAGUGCUGCGUUUGGUGCCGAAAUGGAUGGAGGACCGAAAACCAUUCCAGCUGCGGGAACUGAGCAUAAUCUACGAUGCGUUUCAAAUAUGCGGCAGUGCCACGUCGAUCUAUUUGUUCUUCAAACAUGGCUGGCGCUGGGACUUCUUCUGGGAAUGCAAGGGACCGGACUUCUCGAAUGAUGAACACUCGAUCGGCUUUGCACGGGCUGCUUAUUUUACCUAUUUGCUAAAAAUGACGGAACUGAUCGAGACGGUCAUGUAUGCGAUGCGAAAGAAGAAUAAUCAAAUCAGCUUCUUCCAUGUCUACCACCAUUGCUACGCGGUAAUCACAUCACACGGAUUCGCGAAAUACGGCGGAGGCAGCAUGCUCAGCUAUACGAUCAUUGUCAACAGUAUAGUUCACGUAUUUAUGUACUCGUACUAUCUCAGUUCUAUUUUCGCCAAACAGCUUCCAUUUAGUUUGGUUCCUUUCAAGAAGGUGAUCACCAUCCUGCAAAUCACUCAACUGACAAGCGUACUGGUGAAUCUCUGCUAUGCCAUGAGUGCAUCUUGCUCUGUUCCGCUGCUACAUUGCGUGUUCCACGGACCGAACAUGGCGCUGCAGAUCAAACUUUUUGCUGAUUUCUAUGCUAGCCGAUACAAACCUAAGCAGCAACCGGCUUCUCAAACCACCGAAUCGCGAGAAGCUCUCCUGGAUAAAACGCAGAAGGAAGUCAAACAGAAGCAGAUGUAAAAAGUAGUUUUAAGAACAAUAUUUCGUUAAUAUUAAAUUUAAAGGUUUUACUUGCUUGGCUAACUUUUUACUGAAUUUUGUCACUUGAAGAGCCACAUGAUUUCGUUUUUACAGUAAUAAUUUACGAGCUCCCAACACACCCGUUACAUUAAAAUUUGUAAGAACAAAUUCCGAUUUUUUUUUCGAAUUUCAAACGAAUGUUUGUAAGUUUCUAGCCCAUGCUAACAUGCCCAUAAUAUUGAUAUGUCGCAUAAGAGUAAAAUGUUUUUAUUUCGAAACCGUGAAACUUCAAUACGGUUUCAUUAGCCCAGUUCUUCUGAAUUCGAAUCAGUUUUCAUCUCCAUUACACGCCAACUAUCAGCAGGGCUAAGCAAUUACAUAUUCGGACAAGCCUUGUUUAACAGCCCUACGACAAUGUCUUGCCAAUUAACUGGAAUGCCCCUGUUUACAUAGUUGACGUAACAACCAACACCAUCAUUGCGAGAAAAACGCGUUUUUGUUAUUUUAACCCAAAUCAUUAUAUUGAGAUACAAUUUCAACGAAAUAGUCUGUCAAUUUUAUGAAGAUUGAUGUUUGAAUAGAGGCCCCAUGGAUUAAACAAGUCUGCCGUGGUAAUUGAUCCAGAAAAACCGCUACGCCAGUUUAUGCGAAUAAACAUGCACUUUUCUCGCAGAUUGUUCGCAUAAUUUGGCGUAAAAACUCAACUACUUCCCACUCUGCCUCGCAGUUGAUUCAGUUUUAUCAAUCGUGUUUCGGUCAAACGUCAGUUUUUGUCCAUCGGCAGUUUCAAUUAGACAAAAACGCACAAACACACAUACAAACACACACACACACACACACACAUGCAUAAAGACUUACAGUUACGCUAAGGUGGGUUAUCGU